AUGGAGUCGGACAUGCCGGGUGCAUCCUCGCACCUGGCAGCUGACCAUCCCCUGCUGCAGCAGGCGCAGGAGGCUCUUACUUUCCAGCUCGAGGAGAGGAAGCUUCAUCUACAGGAACAACUCAGGGAAAAGGUUCAAGGCCUGAAGGAUGCAAAGCAGCGGAGAGAGGAUCUCGGUGUGGAGAUGUAUGGCUUCCAGCAGCAGCUGGCUUGGGUGCAGAAGAGCUUGCAGCAGGCGCAGAAGUCCACCGUGGAGCUUGCGGGCUCCAGGCAACUUGCCGAGAAGCACGUCUCGCACCUGCACACUGCACUUGGCAAGGAGUCCAGCCUGCUGCAGAAAGAGAGGGAUGCGGUGGAGGCAUUUCGAGACGAGCUGAACACCAUGUCAAACGCCCUGAAGCGAGUCAGCGCCGAGAGCAAAGAGCAGAAGAGCGAGAUUGCAGUCACCCAGAGGUGCACGCAAGCGGCGGAGCAGUCGGCGCAGCGGCUGGCGAGGGAGAGGGCGGAGCAGGAGGCUGCCGCAGAGGUGCUGCAGCGACAGGUGGACUUCCAAAAGGCGCAGCUGGCGCUGUUCAGGGAGCAGCGGCAGACGCAGGAGCGGGACACGGCAGCUGCCAGGCAGAUGCUGGCGGGAGCAGCGGUGGAUAUGGAGGGCGUGCAGCUGGAGCUGCGCGGCCGGCGGCAGCAGUGGCAGUCCAGCCUGCUCGGACUGCAGCGCCGGGACGAGGCCCUCAAGGCAUCGGCCGAUGGCCUGCAGGGAAUGGAGGAGGCUGCACGGGAGCAGGCCGAGCAGCAGAAGGCGGUCGAGGUGGAGCUGGCAGGGUGCAGGAAGGACCUGAAGAGGGCGGCUGCGCGUACAGAGCAGUCUGCGGCCGUUCUUGAACGCUUGCAAGGGGAGGCAGCCAUGCUGUCAGGGACUAGCAGCGCCCUCCGCGGCCGACAGGGCAUGCUGCAGGACACACUGGGCAGGUUGGCUGCCUCGCUGGCGGACACAGAGGCGAGCCUCAGGGCGGAGCAUGCCGAGGCCAAGAGGCUGGCUGACAGCCACGUCGUUACUGACCGCAAUGCUGCAGCCGCACAGCAGCAGCUCCAAGAGGUCACAGAGCAGGUGCUGCUGCAGCUGAGCGGCCAGACGCAGGCGAACAAGAGGGGCCAGCAGGUGGCAGCAGAAAUCAAGCGAGUGCGGCUGAGCGUGCAAGAGCAGGAAGCCAUUGCUGAGACCCUCAGAAAGAAAGGCGCUCAAAUCGAGGCGGAUGCAGCAACGGCAGAGGCGCGCAACAGCCGGCACGCCGAAGCUCUGGACGCGGCAGAGGCGGAGCUCAAAGAAGGCGAGGCCGCGAUGGAGCGGACAGAGGCAGAGAUGAAGAAGUGCGCGGAUGAAAUCGAGCGCAAGACGCGCGAGCAGGACAUCCUCAACCGGAAGCUGGAGAAGAUCCUGGCAGCCGUGCCCCCAGGGGAGGAUGCAGGCCCCUUGGAGGCGGCAAUUGCGAAUCUGUCACGUGAGAUUGCUGCGCGCACAGAGGAGGGCCACGCGCUGCAGCUGCAGUGGGUGACUCAGCAGCGGGAGCUGCUCGCGCUCGCGGCCAGCAACGGUGCAGCUGCCGAGCAGCUGGCGCGGGACACCAGCACGCACGCCGUCAUGCUGCACCGCCUUAGCCGCCUCGAGCACCAGCAAAAGGCUGAGGCAAAGUGCCUGGAGGAUCUGGGAAAGGCGAUGGACCGGCAGCGCGCUGACAUGGCACGAGUCAACGCCAUGCUGGCAGAGACCUCCGAGGCCCACGCCGAGCUUGUCUCAGAAACCUUCGGCCUGCGCGCAGCUGUGGACAACCAGACCAAGGACAUGGAGGAAGAGAAGGGGAGGAUGAGGGCGGAGAUAGAGGCGGUGCGCAGUGACAAGCACACGGCUGUGGCUGAUGCUGUGGAAGCUCAACGCCAGGUGCUUGAGUGGGAGCGGCGCAUCCAGGUGCAGCGCGAGAUGGCGGCCGCGCUCGACCCGGCCGUCGGCAACGAGGAGGCCGCCGCGCUCGCCGCCGAGGUUGGCCGUCUCAAAGCGCGCGAGGCCGAGCUGCGGCAGUCGCGCACGCAGAAGCAUGCCGAGCUGCAGCGCGCCGUUGAGCGCCGGGAGGUCGUCGAGCUCCGGGGACUGGCGUGCGAGGACAAGCGGGCAGCGGCCAACAUCGAGCACCGGCAGCAGACAAUGCUGGCAGCCUUAGAGCGCACACUGGCAGAGGUCACCAAGAAUAGCGAGGCAGUGCAGGCCAAGAUAGGCGAGCUGACAGCUCAGCACAGCCAGCUGGAAUUCCAAGCUGCGGAGAUCGCCUCGCGCUGCGGGCAGCUGAGUGCGCAGGAGGAAGCAGUCAGGAGGGACAUUGCUGCCGCCCUCAUACUGACGUCUAGAGCGCAGAGGGUGGCGAAGUGGUACGAGGAGGCAGCUGCCGGGAAGCUGACGCCCCACACAGGGCCCGAGCUGCUGCAGGCGAAGGUGACCCGCGCCUCAGCGCGCCAUCGGAGGAUACAAGGGAUCCUGCAGGACCUCAGCGCUGCCCACCCAGAGCUGAGCACUGGAAUGGAGAGGGUGCUGUUGUCCAGCGUGCCCAUUAAUGCCUGCUGA